ACUAAACGGUGACUUAGAGCUCCACUUUAUACAACUACUUUACAUAGAUGCUUAAGGGUUUUUGGAACGUCUUAAUGAAUGACUCAAAACUCAUAUUGAAACCAUCCACAGACUGUAACAGAGAAAUGUGGUUUGGUAAGGUUAAAGCAAACUGUCACUCAUGAAGCCUGGCUAAGAUCUGUAUUAACUCAUUGCAACAUGCUGCUUGAGAAUAUGUUUGACUUAUUGAAAUACAAAAUGAACCUGCUUAACCAGGUCUGUGCCCCGUUGGGAGCGCCUCAGUUUUGUCUGAAAUAUAUAUUUUUUCUGUCACUCAAUCUGAGUAGCUGAUCGAGGUGGAACAAGGUCAUUAGACUUAGAUCAGAAUGCAUGAGGGCUACUGAAGAAGCUGCCAAGUUUAAACAAGUUUGCAAGUGAAAAAACUAAAAGUGUCAUAUGAUUCAGGAAGGUGAUUGGAACAUAUUCACGUACACUCGGCAGUCUCGAAACUAACAGUGGCUCCACGUUUGCUUUGCUCUUGACAACAUGGACGGUACGGCAAAUGUGGUUAAACUGGUUGAAAACGAAAGUAAAGUCAAACCACAUCAAGAAAACUGAAGACAGAACAUCCAGCAGUCGUCUGACUACACUUUGAAUGCAAAAUGGGCGAGACAAAUUGGAGAAUUGUCAUCUUGGGGAAAACUGGAGUUGGGAAAAGCAGCCUGGCUAACACCACAUUUGGAGAACAACUGUUCAAAAUGAAUAAUACCGCCAUAUCUGAAACAAGUAAAUGUCAAGCAGAAACCAAAACCAUCAAUGGAAGAAGCAUCACUCUGAUCGACACUCCUGGUUUCUUCGACACAGAUAUAUCAGAGGAGGAGCUGAAGCCUGAAAUAAUAAGGUGUAUCACAGAGUGCGCUCCUGGGCCCCAUGCUUUUUGCAUUGUGCUUAAGGUGGAUAAAUUCACAGAGCAAGAACAGGCCGUCAUCACAAAAAUAAGUCAAUACUUUUCAGAAGAAGUUUUCCAGUACGCAACAGUUCUCUUCACUCAUGGUGACCAGCUCGCUGAAGGACAGACAGUUGAGGAGUAUUUCCACAAGAAUACGUUUGCAAGUGAGCUGUUGAAGAAGUGCGGAGGCCGCUGCCACAUCUUAGAUAAUAAACACUGGAAGAACAACCAGCAGGAUGAAUACAGGAGCAACCAGUUCCAAGUAAAGGAGCUACUAAAGACAGUAGAUCAGAUGGUAGAGGCAAACAAAGGCAGCUGUUACACCAAUCAGAUGCUUCAAUCAGUGGAGGAAGAAAUACAACGAGAGGAGGAGCGCAUUAGACAGUCAUCUGGAACCUUGACACAGGAUGAAGUCAGGGAGAAAGCUAAGGACAAAGUAUUUAACAACCUUAAUACCCAACUGGCAGGCAUUGCAACAGGUGUAUUGUUAGGAGCUCUUUUUGGCUCAGUAACGGCAGUUGGGGAAGUUCUCUUAGUUUUAAAGAAUUUCUUCUCAGAUCCAGGACAACUCACAACUUUAGCCAAAUUAGCAGGAAAAGCAACAGGAGUGAUAGGAACAGCAGGAGGAGCAGCAGUAGUAGGAGUAGCAGGAGGAGCAGCAGCAGUAGGAGUAGCAGGAGGAACAGCAGUAGCAGUAGGUGCCUUGGUAUUGGUUGCUGCUGCAGGAGCAGUGAAAGGAGGUGUUGCAGGGUAUCAUGCAGCAGAGGGAGCAGACACACCACGGGAAGCAGCUCAGAGAGCAGCAGAGACGGCCAGGGAUCAAGCACUGUCUCCCUAUAGAAGACUCGGUUCGAAAGAGGAUGCAGAGUAUAAACCAUCACAAGACAGUGAAUCGAAGAAGAAAUGAGUGCAUCACUAAAGUGUGGUACUCUCUGUUUGCAUGAAAAUUAAAUCCUUUGAGCUGAUCAUUUUUAUUCAGAAUAAAUAAACAUAAUCAUUCAUAAUAACUUGUAUGUAAUAUAUAAUGGUUGUACUGAGCUUCAAGCUUCCCCUUUCACAGAAAGAUUGAAGUCUACUGAUUAAAUUCAGAUCGGAGAUCGUUUGAACAUGCCUGAUCCUUUCCUCUUUAUAUUUUGUUAUCAGCAGAGGGGAACUAUUUUAGUAUUUUGCUUUAUGGAACUUUGAUUAUUUGUAUUGCAGCUUCUGUAAAUCAUUUCCCCUUGGGAUAAAAAAGAGUUGUAUCUUAUUUCAUCUUAACCACUGAGUGUCUAUUGGAGGAGCUGUGUAUUGUAAAUACUGUCAACUAAAGCCACCAACCAGAUAUUUUAUAGAGGUGAUGUAAAAUAUUGUUUCUGAUUUCAUAAUCCAACAAAUGUGAGCCUCCACUGUUGGUGCUGUGUUUCUGUUUCCCUGUUGAAACACGGCUCACUGUUUCCUGUUGCAGAAGAGGUCCCUUAAUGUGUGCACAGCACGAGUGUCUUUAAGAAAGGUUCUGAUCCUUUGUGUGUAAUGUAUCACCUCAAACAGUGAAUAAAUGGAAAGCUAUGAAAAUAUA